GUUCGCAGCAAGUCUCGAGGAUCUUUCUCGGCGGCAAGACGGCGAUGGACUCGGUCGGGCAAGCCCGCGCGCUGGGCCGCGUGGAAGGCCGCGCGGAAGCGCUGGAGGAGAUCGCAGACCUCCAUGGGCAGAUCGCAGUGCUCACGAAGCAAGUCGAACAGCUCAUGCUCGACCAGGAGAAGACAACGAAGGAGCUCAUGACCACUGUGUACAAGGACCUCAAGCAAGAGUUUCGGCGCCAAACGACUUCGACGCUGACGCCCAAGGAGGCCAUGGACAUCAUCAAACCGUGUCUUCGCCGCGUCGCCGAGGUGCAGGUGCCGCAGUCGCAGACGCUCUUCCGCAACGUCUCCUUCAUGGCCAAGGACCUCCCGACGACAACGGCGACGUCGCACCCACUGAGUCCGCCAACGCCACCUGUGUUCCCCGUGACGCCGCCCACUCGCCUGCCUGUCGCCGAGCCACCGGUGACCGCCGAGCCAUCGAUUCUCGACGAGCCAGUGGUCCUCAACCAUAUUUGCGUCGCGGCCACGGAGAAGGUCGGCGCUGGCCGCGCCGCCCACAUGGUCUACGUCAUCCAAGUGCGCACCGGCGAUACUGGUCUCGUGCUUUCGCAGGUCAAGCGACGCUACAAGGAUUUUGUCUGGUUGUGGGAACGCCUCUCGAGCGCUUAUGUGUUUGCCUGCAUCCCGACGUUGCCGCCCAAGAACGGGCUCCGAGACAACUCCAAGUUCAACCCGCGCUUUGUCGAGAAGCGCAAGCGCGCGCUCCAGCUCUGGAUGAACCAUCUCGCGUGGCACUACGCGAUGGGCUUUUCGACCGAGAUGCAAACGUUUCUUGACGGCUCGGACCUUGUGCACGUACCUCGUACGCCACCGCUGUUGCUGCCACGGCGCCGUCGUACGUCGUCCAACGAAGGCUCGAGCGCACGCAAGCAGGACGACCAGUCGAUCAAACGCAUCCAAGAAAAGCUACCGGUGCUCCAGCGCCACUUGGUGAAAGCGAGCAAGCGCCUCGACGGGCUCAUCAAAGUCCAUGCCGAUACGAGCUGCAGCGUCGCGGCCUUUGGCAAUGCAGCCACCCACGCAAGCAACUUUGAGCGUCUUCACGGAAGCGCGACAGCGUGGGACGGCUUUGCAGCGCACGCGCUCUUGCCGUUGCAGCAGUGGCACGACGACACGUGCGAGAUGCUCGACGUCUCGCUGCAAGAGACGCUGCAUUUCCAGAGCGCCCAAGUCAUGCCGCGGUUUGAGAAGCAAGUCCACGACUUGACACGGGAUAUGGUACCAAGCACGGCCGAGAAGUUGUCGCUCGAGUGGGACGAGGUGCAGACGAUCCAAGCCCGCGCGAUGCUCGAAAGCCUUUUGCAUGUCGCUACGCACAUGCAGCAGUCCCACCACGCCCUUGUCGACGUGUGGGCGUCGGCGCGGUCCGCGGUCCAUACGGUGGCGACACCGCGCUCCUUUGUGCCGCCACCAACGUCAUCUUCAGCACCACUGCCGUCGCCACUGGCAGCGCAUUCGCAACACGUUCCUGAGUUUGCCCACCCGACGCUGGAGCGCCCGUUGAAGCCCAACACGUUUGAGUUUAUGAACCACCAUGUGGACCCAGACGCAGAAGACGCGCGAACGCUCUUUGGCGGGCCACAAGCCAACCCAAACGCCGUCUUUUCCGUAUACGAGAGCUCCGACGAAGACGAAGACGAGGACGACGAUGCGCCGGCCUUCUCGGCGUCGUGGGAUCUCUACAUUGAUCGCUUGCGACGAAAGCAGAAGAAGCAGGCCAAGGCCGAAGCCGCCGCCGUCGAAGAAGUCAAGCGCAAGGAGAAGGAGGCCGAAGCUGCGACUGCCGAGUCGCGCAAGAACCGCAAGCGACCACAGAGCAUGCAGUGGCCACUCAAGCGCAUGGCACGGUCGCAGCCUAAGGUCGUCGUCCAAGACGACUUGAGUGCAAUGCCCAAGAGCAUGAGCACCUCCUCCCUCGAUCGCAUGGAUCCAACCCCGCCUGCGGCUGCGAGCAAGGCGCCUUUGGAACCCCCAACCAGUGACGUGCGCAGUGUCGACAACUGGAUGUCUGCGACCACGGACGGUGGCCAAGUGUACUACUAUCACCGCUUGACGCGCGCCACGCGCUGGACCAAGCCCGACAAGGCCGUCUUGGACGACAUUGAAGAACGCUUGGCAGCUCAAGAAGAGGCGACGCAGCGCCGCGUCGAAGAACGCCGCCAAUGGUAUCAAGAGAACAAACAGCAGCAAGAGAAGGAGGCAGCCGAAGUCGACGCCUCCCGGCACCUCGUGACGACCCGCGUCCGCGACUGGGCGCGCAACAAGGACGUGGUCAUGCUGCUCCGAUCACUCCACGAGGUCUUGCCGCCAUCGCUGCUCAAGCCGUCGAGUGCUGCGUGCCCGUACCAGGUCGACGGCGCGGCGACCGUUGCGUCCGUGAAGAAGGCCUAUAUGAAGGCGGUCCGCACCAUCCACCCCGACAAGCUGCCAAAGGGCGAUUUUGACGUCAAGGACCGGUUUCUGGCGCAGACGCUCUUCUCGACGCUGACGCUAGCCCACGACGAGUACCAGCGGACGCAUGCCACGUCGUCGUGAGGACACAUAGGACUCGUUGAGCUUAUAAAUAUACGGACGCGGUCGGGACUAUCGGUGAUUUCGGGUCAUGCUGCGC